AUCUGUCACUACCAUGACCCGAAGAGAAAGCCGGAAAGUCAUGGUAGUUCAGAAAGUUCUCUGAAAACUCAUUUGGCUUUUAUACUGGCGUGGAUAUCUACUUUUUCAUACGUUGAGCUGCGAUAUUUCCAGCCCUAUAACUCAAAAACAGUCAGUUCUUCAUUCAAUGAAGAACUGACAAAUGUUUGACAGUUGUACAGGCUGAUUUUACACUAUUAUAAUUGGUGGUGCUUAUGGAAAUUGAAUCCAGUAAUGCGUCAGACUGAUAUAUUUUUAGUGAGAGUUUGUACAUUUGCAAUAAUUUUUCUCUUUUUGAAUAAUUAAAUGUAAAGUACCAUUUACGUUUUAAAUACAAAACCCAUUCAUGCAUUAGCUGCUGUCGACGAUAGUACUGAACAUCAGUUAGAACAGUUAUUACAACAAGAAAGAAAAGAUCACAUAGGGAAACGCAUUGCACUUAUUCCAUAUCAUUUGGAAAAUUCACAUUGGGUUGGAAUUUUAAUCGAAUUUACAGAGAACGAACGUAUUAAACGAGCCGAAUAUAUUGAUUCAGUAAUUGGGAGUAAUAUUACUCCAGAAAAAUUGCAAAGCCACUUUGCUCAAGUUUAUCCAGAUGAUGUUUUGCAAGUAAAACAUUUGCAAAAAGAAGACGAUCAUCUACAUAGUGCCGCAUUAACUAUUGAAAACUUGUUAGUAGCUGCAAACGUUAAGCAUCCAACAGUUAUUGAAUGGUCAAAGAAAGAAGAAUCUAUUCUGUCGCCAACUACACAUAUUCCAAAGGAAGGUAAUGAAUAUGAACGUCGUCAACUAGGACAGAAAUUAAAAAGUGAUUGGAGCAAAGUGGUACCUCGAGACGUAAGAAUGUUGUCAGGAAAAAUACGACGAACAGUAGACGAAACCAAUGUAUAUGAGGAGCAGGAAAAAACGGAAGAUGUUGAGGAAGAAGUGAAAAAUGUUUCGUCUAGCUCUUUACCGGAUGACAAAUCAAAAGUUCAUGAAUUGAAAAAGAAGUUAGAUAACGGUCUGGUAAAGAUUCACCUACAGAAUGUGGAUGAGUUGCCAGGAAAAAUACAGGAUAG